GAGUGCUAGCUGCGAAGGUGCGCGCGGCGGGGCGGAGCCUGUCCCGAGAGCGCCGGGUGCGGCGUGCCUCGUGCGCCCCGCAGCUGCAGAGCCCUGUGUUCCGCGCGCGGACCCCGGUUCCCUAACGACCCCGGCCCGGUGUAGGGAGCUGCGGCCCCGGGAGUCCUAACUGCGUUCCAGAGCCCGGGAGCGGAGGCCCCGGCCGAAGACGCAGGCAGAGCUUCAGCCCUGGGCUGCGACUGCCAAGGUCCGGAUGAUCCGAGGCGCUGCAGAGAGGAUGCAGGGCGAGCCAGAACGUCUCCAUCCUCAGUUUCUCCACUUGCUGCAGCGCCGCAGCGCCUGGUAGCGGGCACCUCAGAACAUGCCUCUUGAAUCGUUGCAGUCUCCUACAGAACUCUGAAGAGGAUGGGCAGAAUGGCAGCUAGUUAAACCGGAUGCGCCGCGAACAGAGACAUGGAGCUUUGACGGAGAAAGUGACAUGGUGUCGGCCAUGGGUCAUCAGGACACAGCCGGACAAUGUGGACCAAUUUCUUCAAACUACGAGUCUUCUGCUACCUGUUUGUGGUGCUGAUGGUGGUGGUGUUGGUCGUCAAUGUCACUCAGGUGGAGUACUUGGACCAUGAGACGCUAUCAGAGACGUUCAUCGACAGCAGCGGACAGUAUGUUUCCUCGCAGGCUACAGGCUUCAGUCGGAAUGCGUACUGCGGCUAUGAGCACCAGACCCUGUCUAGCCAGGAACGCUUAGAGGAGGAUGCCUUGCUCGCUGCCUCCAAGUGGAAGGUGCCUGACGUGGACCUGGUCCCGUUUGUGAGGAGCACGGACCCUUCCUCCAGCUACUUUGUCAUCUUGAACUCCGCAGCCUUCUUCAGGGUGGGGAGCCGGCUGGAGGUGCUGGUUCAUGUGCAAGAUUUUCAAGGGAAGCCCAAGAAGUAUGGCGGGGAUUACCUGCAGGCCAGAAUACACUCGCCUAAGCUGCAGGCCGGCGCCGUGGGCCGCGUGGUAGACUACCAGAAUGGAUUUUACAAGGCGUUUUUCACUUUGCUCUGGCCAGGCAGAGUCAGAGUGUCCGUGUCUCUGGUUCACCCCAGUGAAGGGAUCAGAGUCCUUCAGCGCCUGCAGGAAGAGAAACCAGACAGGGUCUAUUUCAAGAGUCUCUUCCGAUCGGGUAGGAUUUCCGAAACAAUGAAGUGCAACGUCUGUCUUCCCGGAAGUCUUCCGCUGUGCAACUUUACGGAUCUGUCCACUGGAGAGCCCUGGUUCUGCUUCAAGCCAAAGAAACUCCCCUGCAGCAGCAGGAUCAACCACUUCAAGGGCGGAUACACGAAGGGCCUUCUCACUGCUGCCGAAAGUGCUUUCUUUCAGAGUGGUGUGAAUAUCAAGAUGCCAAUCAACUCCAGCGGGCCUGACUGGGUGACCGUGAUUUCCAGGCGGACGAAAGAAACUGUUGACCUAGAAGUAUCUCAAGGCUCGGGAAUUUUUCCUUCCGGAUAUUUCUACAAAAACCAGUGGAGGCCCAGGAGGUUCAAGAUGCGCCACUUUAAUGACCCGGACAACAUUACGGAAUGCUUGCAAGGAAAAAUGGUGUAUUUGUUCGGUGACUCGACAAUCAGGCAGUGGUUUGAGUACCUCACUGCAUUUGUCCCAGAUUUAGUGGAGUUCAAUUUGGGUAGUCCCAAGAAUGUUGGUCCCUUCCUUGCAGUGGACCAGAAACACAACAUCUUGCUCAAAUAUCGCUGUCAUGGGCCACCCAUCCGCUUCACAAGCGUCUUCAGUAAUGAGCUCCAUUAUGUGGCAAAUGAACUGAACAGGAUCGUGGGAGGGAAGAACACAGUGGUGGCCAUAGCUGUAUGGUCUCACUUUAGCACAUUCCCCUUGGAAGUCUACAUCCGGAGGCUCAGGAACAUCAGACGAGCAGUGGUCCAGCUCCUGGACCGAAGUCCUAAGACGGUGGUUGUCAUCCGGACAGGCAAUGCCCAAGAGCUGGGGCCUGAGGUAAGUCUUUACAACAGUGACUGGUACAACUUUCAACUGGACACUGUCCUUCGGAGGAUGUUUUCAGGGGUCGGAGUCUACCUGGUUGACGCUUGGGAGAUGACCUUGGCUCAUCACCUACCCCACAAACUACAUCCAGAUGAAGUGAUUGUGAAGAACCAGCUGGACAUGUUCUUAUCUUACAUAUGCCCCUUGGAGACCUAGCUAUCCUCGACACUGGAGUGAUCACGUUCAGUGACCUUCCCAAUUGACCUGCAGCAUAGAAAAAUCUGUGAUCGACUCCAUUGCGAAAUGGAUACUCUCAACUUGUUUGACAUUUCAGAGAAGUGCUGUACUUUGCAUAAUGACUGGUAAUGAACUUAGGCAGUGUAGGCUGCGUUUGUAUCUACCUAUAGGAUUUUUCCGUCUUGACUUAGCCAUCCUAGAGAUCUAACUUACUGCAUCUGCACACUGUAUUACUGCCCUUGUAACCAAAGAUGCUAAUGAGUGGUGAAGAACUGGCUUCUCCUGGGGGUGAAGAUGACCGUGCUGAUGCCAGUAAGAGAUGCUUUGAUGUAAACAGGAGGGAUAGAUUUGGUUGGCAGUGCUAUGUUUGCCACUUAACCUGAUAAAGGGCAUUUGAACAGGUCUUCAUGAAUGAAUAGCACAAUGUGCCCUCCUCAGGAAUAGAGAGGGAUUCUUGCUAGAGGUUCCUGUGACCACAAUGAAGACUGUAGUAUCUCAGGAGUUUCUAUUGACUUAUUUAUUUUCUCACUUACUUGUAAAGGCCAAUGUGUGUGGUCAGAAUUUUAUAUGAGGAUAUUAUUAAGUUCCUGCUUUUAUCUCAAAAGAAGUCCAGUGAAAGAGCACCCAGCCUAUGCUUUGGAUUGGUAUGGGCACUGGAGAGUUAUUUCUUACUUGAUUCAGCUGAAUUUUAUGUGAUGAAUUCUUACUCUAGAAUAACCACUUUUGGAAGCGAUUGUGUAAAUAGAAGUUUAUUUUUAUGUUUUGAAGCUUGUGGGUUUUAAGGACCGACUUUUAUGUCAAGAAUGCCGCUGACUCUCAGAAAAUCGUCAGGGUUUCUGCCCUCAGCAGUUCCAGCUGUUUCCCUUUGCUUUUGGCUGUCAUGAAAUAUCUGCCGAAAUCAGACAUGAAACCAGAUCAGAAGUUAAUAAAAUUAGAUAUUAAAACUCAUGACAAGUAUUUCUUGAUUUGGGCAUAAAGUCUGCAUAACCAUUGUCUGUGUCAUGCUUGCAUGUAAGGAGCCAUUAUUGAGCUACCUGCUCUUCCUUCCAGCUUUUUGGACUGUGGUUCAAGCCUAGGGCCUUGUGCACACUAGGAAGUUGCUCUACCAACUGAAUUACAUUCCUAGCCUAUUUCUGGAUAGCCCCAAGAUAAUAAGAUUGGUCAUUUUAUUGGACUUUGUCUUAUUAAUAUUAAGUGGUUUUAAAUUAAAUUUCGGAUCAUCUAAUAAGUAGUUCCUGCAUUAUGAGAGGUUAUAACUUACUUUUG